UGGCUCCUCCUUCUCGCGCGGGGAUCUCUGCCUGCCGUGGGGCGCUGGCUCAGUCUCGGCUGCUCGCCGCCGUCGCUCCGGGCCGCGGGAUGACACCGCCUCCGCCCGGAUGCGCCGCCCUCGGCGCCCGGCGCGCCCGCGCCCGCGACCCGCCGGCUGCCUCGGAGCUCCCGCGGCGGCUGCUGCUGCUGCUCGUCUGCGCGGCCGCCUCGGCACAAGGCCACCCCAAGAGCGGACCCCGCAUCUCGGCGGUCUGGAGAGGCCAUGCCGGGCAGGACCAGGUGGACUUCGGCCGGGAAGAACUUCACACGGUGCUUUUCCAUGAGCCGGGCAGCCCCUCUGUGUGGAUCGGGGGCCGGGGAAGGGUCUACCGCUUCGACUUUCCCGAGGGGAAGAAUGCGUCCCUGCACACGGUGGCCAUCAACCCCACCAAGGGGUACUGCCAGGACAAGCCGGACUGCGGCAACUACAUCACGCUCCUGGAGAGGCAGAGCGAGGGGCUGCUGGUGUGUGGGACCAACGCGCGGCGGCCCAGCUGCUGGAGACUGGUCAAUGACACCGUGGAGCUGAUCGGGGAGCGGCGAGGGUUUGCGCCCUUCAGCCCAGACGAGAACUCCCUGGUUCUGUUUGACGGGCAGGAGGUGUACUCCACCAUCCGGAAGCAGGAGUACAACGGGAAGAUCCCGCGCUUCCGCCGCAUCCAGGGCGAGAUCGAGCUGUACACCAGCGACACGGUCAUGCAGAACCCACAGUUCAUCAAAGCGACCCUCGUGCACCAGGAUGCAGCAUACGACGACAAGAUCUACUACUUCUUCCGGGAGGACAACCCUGACAAGAACCCCGAGGCCCCCCUCAACGUGUCCCGCGUGGCACAGCUGUGCAGGGGGGACCAGGGCGGCGAGAGCUCGCUUUCGGUGUCCAAGUGGAACACGUUCCUGAAGGCCAUGCUGGUGUGCAGCCAUGCGGCCACCAACAAGAACUUCAACCGGCUGCAGGACGUCUUCCUGCUGCCCGGCCCCAGCGGCCAGUGGAGGGACACGCGGGUCUACGGCGUCUUCUCCAACCCCUGGAACUACUCGGCCGUCUGUGUGUACUCCCUGGAGGACAUCGACAGGGUCUUCCGCACCUCCUCACUCAAGGGCUACCACGCAAGCCUCCCCAACCCCCGGCCUGGCAAGUGUCUCCCCAACCGGCAGCCGAUACCCACCGAGACCUUCCAGGUGGCCGACAGUCACCCCGAGGUGGCCCAGCGGGUGGAGCCCCUGGGGCCUCUGAAGAUGCCCGUGUUCCACGCCAAGCACCACUACCAGAAGGUGGUUGUGCACCGCAUGCAGGCCAGCCACGGCCAGACCUUCCACGUGAUAUACCUGGCCACAGACAGGGGCACCAUCCACAAGGUCGUGGAGACCAGCGAUGGCGAACGCAGCCUGGCCUUCAACAUCAUGGAGAUCCAGCCCUUCCGCCGCGAGGCCGCCAUCCAGGGCCUCUCUCUGGAUGCUGAGAGGCGGAAACUGUAUGUGAGCUCCCAGUGGGAGGUCAGCCAGGUGCCUCUGGACCUGUGUGAGGUGUACGGCGGCGGCUGCCACGGCUGCCUGAUGGCCCGAGACCCCUACUGCGGCUGGGACCAGGGACGCUGCGUGUCCAUCUACAAGGCCCAGGGGCCCGUGCUGCAGUCCAUCAGCCCAGAGGAGCCGCACAAGGAGUGCCCUGACUCAAAGCCAGAAGAGGCCCCGGUGCAGAAGGUGUCGCUGGCCCGGAACUCGCGCUACUACCUGAGCUGCCCCAUCGAGUCCCGCCACGCCACCUACUCCUGGCGCCACGAGGAGAACGUGGAGCAGAACUGCGAGCCGGGCCACCAGAGCCCCAACUGCGUGCUGUUCAUCGAGAACCUCACUGCGCGCCAGUACGGCCACUACCGCUGCGAGGCCCUGGAGGGCUCGUACCUGCGCGAGACGCAGCACUGGGAGCUGCUGCCCUACGACCGCAGUGGCACCGCCCAGCACCUGCAGGGCCGCGCCUGCCUGCUGCCCGCCUCCCUCUGGCUGGGCGUCCUGCCCACCCUCGCGCUGGGGCUGCUGCUGCACUAGGCCCUGCCCGCCGGGGGCCUGGCGCGGGCCCCUGCGAGGCUCACGCCCAGAGCCCCUCUUGGAAUCACCUCGCGUCUCCCAGGGAGUGGGGGCAGCUGCCCGACCCCAUGGGGGGACAGCCGGCCAGGGGAUGGCCAGCCGCAGGCGGCUGUGGGCCCUGGUGGCACGGGGCAUGGGGGGACCGGAGAAUGAAGGUGCCCACAGUGAAGGCAGGGAGGGUCUCUAGACCCUCGAGACUCUUUCUCAAAAAUCCCUCAGACUUGACUUACAGGCGAUGACGUCUCAGCCCAAGAGCCGUGAGCCAGGGCGGGGUCUGCAGAGGGUGCCGGGAGUCCCCGUCUUUGGACUUUGGGGCCGAGACCUGAGUCCAUCUGGACUCUCGGGACCCCCCUCCCCCGCCCCCUCCCCCUCUCUCCCUCCCUCCUUCCCCCCUCCCGCCAUGACUGGGGGUACUCCGUGUUCCCGCAGGCCCGGGGCUGCCCUCGGAGGCCGCCCUCCCCAGCCCCCGGCCUGCUGGGCAGCCGCCUUGCAUGUUUAUUGAAGGAUGUUUGCUUUCCGGACAGGACGGAAAAAGCUCUAUUUUUAUGUUAGGCUUAUUUCAUGUAUAGCUACUUCCGACUGCAUCUGUAUGAAAAUACCAAAACUACAUGCGGGGAGGGGGGGUGGGGGGGUGGGAGAGGGAGGGGCCGGGGAAGGGACGGGUGGUUGUGGGGGGGGUCCCAGUCCGAGGCUCCCAGGGGUGGGGUAAGACUCCAGGGAUGGGCACGGACUCCAGGAGAGUGGCAUGAGCUGGCUCUGCCCUGGGAGCCCGGCCUGGGGGGAGCACGGUCCCCCGCACCCCCAGCAUGGGGGGCUGCUGGGGGAGGGGCGGGGUGAGGGAGACAGGGGAGAAUGAAGGAGAAACUGAGCCCUAGGUUUACCACGUUCUUUCAGGAGGAGCCGGGUCCUCAGGGGAGGUUCCAGGACUCUGCCCUUGGCGUUGGGGGUCGGGGGUCGGGGGGGUCCCUCCCCGCCCCUCAGCCCCCUUCCCCAGGGGCCGUGCUUCCAUGCUCCUAGCCUCCCCUUUCAGCUCAGGACACGUUAUAACUUAGGCGAAACUGUGAAUUCCGGAGGGGACACAGCCAGUGCAGCCCUGCCCGGUCCUGUCCGUGGAUUUCAGCAGAGAGCCGGGUCCUUCUCUGGCCCUACUGGCCGGCCCAGGCCAGGGCUGGGGCCAGCGGCCUUCCCGCUUCGGCCCUGCGUCUCUUCUCAAUGCACUUUAAUAAUGUAACAUAUUACUAAUAAACAACUAUUUAUUUA